AUGAAUAACUUUGAGCUUGAGAAAGAGGAGCUUGCCCUUAUCUACGGCGAUAACUAUAAGAUGGAACAAAAGAACAUUGUCUCCAUCGCUAUUUCAACUCAAGGAAGAAACGCUACAUUGACAUUUACUGUAACAGAACAAUAUCCAGACGAAAUUCCGGCCGUCCACGCAAAAAUCGAAGGUAUUUCUGGUAAAAAGCUCGAAGAGCACCUUACUAAAGUCGCAAGAACAAUGGCUGGAUUAUCAAUGAUUGCAUAUCUCGUUGGAAAUGGCAUAACAUUCCUCGCUGGUAUCCCAGAGAAAGAUUUCCAGGUUACACAAGAACAAGUCACAUCUACACCAUUCUCAAGAGAGAAUUUCUUACUUUGGCUGGCCAAAUUCAACGAAGAAAUGGCCCCAAAGGAAGAUUCAACUUUGCCUCCUACUGGCAGACAGAUGUUCGAACAAGGCCUUGUCAAUUAA